CUAAGUGUGUUCUUAUCAGGAAAGACAAAAUAUUUCAAGUGAACCAUUUUAUUCUGAAACCAAUCCCCUACUUGGCAAGUGACUGCCGCUUUCAUUUAUAUUCUACGAACUCUGAAACACGAUUUGCAACAGCUAAAAUCGCCUUCUCGCUUCCGUCAUUCAAAAUCCUUGAAGGAUCUUCUUGAUCUUCAUUGGCCAGCACUAAAAUGGCUUCCAAUCACGCGACCACUCCGCGGUGACCAAUCAAAACAGCACCCAAUGUAGUUCCGUUCCGUCAACUAAUGACAGGAUUCCGAAAGGGGUUGUUGGAAAUGAUUGACGAGGUUUCUCAGAAUACUGAAAAUCGCUGUCUAAGUGAUCAAAGAAUAGCUCAAGCACUUGUUCUUAUAUAAGGGAUGCCCUUCCUUUUUUUCAUUAACUAUGAACCUUGGAAGGCAAAUAAGUCUGUACAACACAAGAACUACGAUAUAGCAGCUGAGGUUUUCACGUGACUUAAGAAGAAGAGAUCAAGAAUUCAACAAGAAGAAGAGGUUUUUCUCAUUGGUACAAGUAAAAGGUUUAGCACAAGGUGCAAGCGCACGUACGCAAUUUUGACAUGCGACACGCCAAAACAAACAACCCGUUUGACAUGAUAAAAAACUGUUUUGAAGUCUAAUGAGAGAAACGUGAUGGGGAAUUAUAAUUAUUUAUGAAGCCACCCAGUAAUAAAAGAGAGCUCUGAUUUCUACAUUCAAGAUUUAGUUCUAGCUUCUACGAUCAUCGAUGGUUGCACAAGGAAAGUAACAAUCCCGAAGAGUCUACAAAGAAACGUAACAAGAGAAUACUAGUUGGAAAGGCAUAGAGAUCAACCUAACAGAAUUUCUGAAACAUCAUUUGAAGAAGAUUUAAAGAAGACUCAUCUGACAACAAAAGCCUUGGGAAAUGUGGAUAGAAACAGCGGUUUGGAGAAGAUGGUAAAACGGUAAAAAUGGUUAAGAUGGUAAAAAUCCGGAGUUGAAUGUUGUAAGUGUGUUUUCUAUACUUGGCAAGACUACACAUUCUGGGACACUUAAAAAACAAAUAAAAAUCAUUUGUAAAAAAAAAAAAACGAGGACUAGGCCGACAAUUAAACACUCGAGAAAGUGAUACACGGAACACCAGGAUUUUCUAAAGGCAAGAACUAAGAAAUAUUGCCACUUUAAUUGGGACACUGUAAAGAUUUGUAAAAAUGGCCUUGAGUAAGGAAAUCCUCCAAGCAUUUGACGUAUCUUUAAUCUGCCUGAGUGUCGUCAUUGUUCUUCUCAACAGUGCAGUGAUCGUUCUUGUAAUCCUUAACAAUAGUAUCAGAUCGUUUACAAACGGCUUCGUGGUGUCUCUAGCGCUCUCAGACAUCUUAACUGGUGGCUUAUUCUUCCCCAUAGCUAUUGGUGAUGGAUCGUUCGUAGGACUUCCUUACAUCAACUGUAUAUGUCUACUACUGGGUGUCGGCAACGUGUGCUGUGUCACAUAUGACAGAUAUAUGUCAAUCUCGUCGCCGCUCACUUAUGCUACUGACAUCAGGAAAAGGUUCAAGCUAUUGGUGGCUGUAUGCUGGAGCGUGCCCAUACUCUUCGCAUUGAUUCCCGUCAUUUGGUCAGCAGAUGGAACGACUCUCGCGCACAAAGUGUACAUUUACGUGUUGGAGAUAUGCGGAGUGGUCAUCCCCUUUAUCUUCAUCUUCUCCGUUUAUUGCUACAUCUUCAGACAAGUCAGAAAAUGCAACCAAAAACUCGCCAUGGAUCUGAUAGACGUAGAAACGUCUAGAAAACGCCGAAAGUCGCUCUUCUCAGAAGCGAAAGUGGCACGUGUCUUCAUAACAGUUUCUGUCCUAUUUCUGUUGUCAUGGAUACCGAUCUUGUAUAUAACAACAAUGAUAAAUAUCGGGCGUGAGGACUUGUUCCCUAAGUGGCUGUUGUUAGUAGGUUUCUAUGCGCUAGCUCUCGGCUCAAUGGCCAAUCCGAUCAUUUACUGCUUUCUCAAGCCUGAUUUUAAGGCGUUAGUUAACAGAUUGCUCUUUCGGAAAGUUCGUAGAGCAUUUAGAGCCAGUUUUAACACUAGAACAGCCACAGCUAAUGUUGUGCUUGCUUCCAGCAAUAACAGUUAUGACAAUACCAAGCUUUGACCUAGAUGCUUUGGCUAAAUAUUUAGGGCCGUAGUAAGGGGUAAAAAAAUAUGUAAACAAAUAUGACCAUAUGAAGAAAACGUUGUCAUUUUGGGGGUCUGGUACCGAGGAAUCUUAGUUGCUUUCCAGAGGCUUUCUCCAUUGACUAAAGAUGGUCACAGUCACUGUUUUUCUCUUCAAAAGUCAUAAAGUCUACGAAGCACCUUCGGUACGGCAACCU